AUGCUUACAGACCAUUCGAAGGUCGCGAUUGCGCAGAUUGUCUUCUAUGUGCCUGCCAUACUAGCCGCUGCAGUCCUUUUAUUCCACCGCCAUGGCCGGCCCCGACAGGCCUGGAUUAUCCUCCAGGUUUUCUGCUUGAUCCGUGUCGCCUGCGCUAUUGUCACCAUACUCUAUGAGAAUACCCCGACAAGCGUCGGCCUCUACAUCGCCGCCCUGAUCCUCCUCAACGCCGGACUGCUGCCCCUGAUUGCAGCGACUAUCGGUCUUCUGCGGAUAAUGAUCGUUUACGAGUUCAAAGACAACAAGACCCUUAAUAUGCCCAUGCGGAUCUCUCGAUUGUUGUUCAUUGUCGGGAUUGUCUUGAUCAUCGCAGGCGGCUCCUUGACCGGGAAUUACGACGACGUGGACUCGGUGAACACGGGCCGUACGCUCAGCAAGGCGGGGUAUAUUGUUGUCGCAGUCUUUAUGGCUAGCUUGGUGUUUAUCCAGUGGCGUUUCUGGAAACAGUAUAACAGUCUGUCCCGGGCAAGUCGAACCGUGCUCAAGGGCAUGGCUCUCGCUGUACCGUUUAUCAUUGUGCGGAUCGCAUGGCUUUUCCUGUCGAUCUAUCAUCCUGACGAUAAGAGAUGGAGUAACUUGAGUGGAGACAUUGGACCGUUUGUCGUCAUGGCGGCGCUGAUGGAGUACAUCAUCGUGUGCAUAUACAUCGGGACCGGGUUUAUGAUUCCCGCUACUAAGGGUGUGGCUCGUGUUGCUUACCAGGAGCGAGAGCUAGAUGAAGGCGCAGGUGAAGGGACCACCCCAUACGGGAAGCUCCAUUCUCCUGAGCGGGCAUGA